CUCCCUCCUUCUUCCACCUCCUCCGCGGCUCCUUCUGCUCCUCCUCAGCUCCUCUUCGUCAUCAUGGGCUUCGGUGACCUGAAAUCCGCCUCCGGGCUCAAAGUGCUGAACGACUUCCUGCAGGAGCGAAGCUACAUCGAAGGGUUCGUUCCCUCUCAGGCGGACGUCGCCGUCUUUGACGCCAUCUCAACGCCGCCCUCAGCCGAGCUGUGUCACGCCCUCCGCUGGUACAACCACAUCAAGUCCUACCACAGCCAGAAGAACAGUCUUCCAGGUGUGAAGAAACCUCUGGGUCAGUACGGACCUGCGGCCGUGGCCGACACCACCCCCAGCUCCACCGCCGUCUCAAAGAAGAAUGAUGAGGAGGAGGAGGAGGACGAUGAUGACAUCGACCUGUUCGGCUCUGAGGAGGAGGAUGAUUCUGAGGCAGCCAGACUAAAGGAGGAGCGUUUGGCCGAGUACGCCGCCAAGAAAGCUAAGAAGCCCACCCUCAUCGCCAAAUCUUCCAUCCUAUUGGAUGUGAAGCCGUGGGACGACGAGACGGACAUGGCGAAGCUGGAGGAGUGUGUACGCAGUAUUCAGAUGGACGGGCUCCUCUGGGGACAGUCUAAACUGGUUCCCGUGGGUUACGGCAUCAAGAAGCUGCAGAUUGGCUGCGUUGUCGAAGACGACAAGGUGGGCACAGACCUCCUGGAGGAAAACAUCACAGCCUUUGAGGAUUUCGUUCAGUCGAUGGACGUCGCCGCGUUCAACAAGAUCUGAAACAAUCAUGUUAACAAUAAAAAAGCACUUAAGCACAAA